AUGGCGUGCACCUCUCCCACAACCACUCCGGCCGCGGUUGACGACGACGCCUAUCGACCUCAGAGGCGCACGCAGAAGAGAAAGCGGGUGCGGAAGAACGAUGGUCGAUUGAAGAGGCCCAUCAACAGCUUCCUCCUCUUCGCCAAGGAGUACCGACCGGCCCUGCUCAACGAACACGGCCGGCUCAACAACCAGCAGGUCUCAAAGCUACUCGGGGUCAAGUGGAAGUCCAUGACCGAAGAUGAAAAGGCCCCCUACACCCGCGAGGCCGAGGCCAUCCACACCAAGUUCAUGCUCGACCACCCCGACUUCUCGUGGCACGGCGACAAAGAUCACCACAACUCCACCACCUCCAACAACAAGGAGCGCAAGGCCUCCUCGGCCGCGGCGGGGUCCAAGAAGCGCAGCCGCACCUCGUCGACCUGCGCCGAGCCCGGGCCGCGCCCGGCGGCCUGGGAAUCUCUGUCACCUUCUCCCGAAUUCGACGUCAACUCGCGCAGGGCCAGCGAGGGGGACCUCUUCGACUCCCUCAUGCGGCUCAACCACCCCCACAAGUACCUCUCCACACCGCUCCUGUCGCCGCACCACGACCAGUUCGAGGCCCUGGGCGCGGUAGGCCACCACCACCCCUCGUCGGACGACGCCCAGUACUCGCCCGCCUCUUGUUCGACGCCGUCCCCUGGGUUUUCGCUCGGCUGCGACCCUGGCGCCAGGGCGAACAUCACAGCCUGCGGUGAGGAGGUGGAGGUGCUCCAACGUGGAGCGCUGGCGGAGCGGCCCUUCACGGUGUGGAGCGACCACAAGCCGGCCCCGGUCGGGUUCAAGGUGGUCUACGUUCCGCUGCUGGUGCCGGACCCCACCACCGACCCGGGUCCCGUGGAGGAGCCGUUCGGUUCGCCCCCGUCGGCGCUGCGGCUUACAGGAGUGUCGGAGCCGCGGUGUGCAGAGGCCACGGGCUAUGAUCUCGGCGAGCAGCUGACCACAGACGACAUCAGUGAACUCAUGCAGUGCCUGCACGAUCUCGACUCUCACACAUCAACGGAUCCAACCUCGGCCGACGAGGCUCUAUCGUCACUAUUCUUCGGCGAUGGUCCAGACUUCUCCACCAACCUAGGGAUGCACUUUCCAAGCUGA